GUUAGAGUAGUUUGAGUAAUUCUGCCUUGCUGUUGCUGUUCUUGCCUCAACAGAUCUUAUUAUAGAUCCUCCUCUUCAACUGUGUUUUUCCCCAUUUUGUUUCUGCCAGUUCAGAAGAUUGAUAAGAAAACACCUUUGCCAGUCUGUCUCGGCUAUUUCAGUUUCAGCAGUACCCCUGCUAUUUCCUUCUCGUGACAGAAAUACGCACUGCAGGAUUUUCACGACUUAUCAGCGUAGUUGAACAUUGAAUGUAGGAGUUGGCUGUCAUAUUGCAGCUGUUCAGGAUAUCGGUUAUUUCUAAGAGGCUUCAGGAAGAUCAGGAUAAGCAUGGCAUCUCGUGACAGCAAUAGAGCCGGGGAACACUUCGCUGCACAGUUGCUGAAAUCGGUGAAUGAAUAUCGGGCGAAACACGGAGCAGGGCCGUUAACCCUGAACACAGCAAUGAGUGAGAAAGCUGAGAAGUGGGCGAAGUAUCUGGUUGCUUCAAGGACAUUGAAGCACAGCGACACAACGUACGGGGAGAACAUCUGGUGUCAGCAAGGUUCUGGCAGUGUCCAGGUCACAGGAAAGGAAGUUGCAGAUUCUUGGUACAAUGAAGUUAAAAAAUAUAACUUCUCUUCUCCUGGAUUUCAGAAGAAUUGUGGCCAUUUUACACAGCUGGUUUGGAGAGAAUCCAAGGAGAUGGGGGCUGGCCUGGCAUCAGAUGGCAAAGGUCUCACCAUCGUGGUGGCCCAGUUUGACCCAGCUGGUAACAUCACCAACCCUGGCUACUUUGCUGAAAAUGUUCUGCCAGUUGGAUGUAAAGUGGAGGAUAACGAGAGCGGUUCGGCUCAAGGAGACGGUGGGGAACACUUCGCUGCACAGUUACUGAAAUCUGUGAAUGAAUAUCGGGUGAAACAUGGAGCAGGGCCGUUAACCCUGAACACAGCAAUGAGUGAGAAAGCUGAGAAGUGGGCGAAGUAUCUGGUCACUUCGAGGACAUUGAAGCACAGCGACACAUCGUACGGGGAGAACAUCUGGUGUCAGCAAGGUUCUGGCAGUGUCCAGGCCACAGGAAAGGAUGUUGCUGACUCCUGGUACAACGAAAUUAAAAAUUAUGAUUUCUCCUCUCCUGGAUUUCAGAAGAAUUGUGGCCAUUUUACACAGUUGGUUUGGAGAGAGUCCAAGGAGAUGGGGGCUGGCCUGGCAUCAGAUGGCAAAGGUCUCACCAUCGUGGUGGCCCAGUUUGACCCAGCCGGUAACAUCACCAACCCUGGCUACUUUGCUAAGAAUGUCCUGCCAGUUGGAAGUAAAGUGGAGGAGGUUGAGGGUGGCUCGGCUCAAGGAGGCAGUGGCAAGGCACCAGAAACAGGCCACAUGGCACCAUUGCCAGACAAGGGAAUAAAAGCAUUUCAAGCUGAACUACUUCAAGAACACAACAGGCUACGGACCCUACAUCAGUCACAGCCCCUGCAGUUAAACUCUGACCUCUCCAAGCAAGCGCAGAAAUGGGCAGAUCAUCUCAUUGAGAUCAAUCAGCUCCGGCACAGUAACACCGAGUACGGAGAGAACCUCUGGUACAAAUGGAGCAGUGAGACAAAGCCACCAACAGGGGCUGAAGUGAGUGAAUCCUGGUACAACGAAAUCAAGAAAUACAACUUCAGUUCUCCUGGUUUUAAAAGUGGAACAGGCCACUUCACCCAGAUGGUAUGGAAGGAAUCACGUGAAAUGGGUGCUGGCUGUGCUACAGAUGGGAAGGGUAUGUUCAUGGUGGUGGCAGUCUACAAUCCACCAGGAAAUAUCACCAAUCCUGGAUACUUUGAGAAAAACGUGUUACCUCCCAGUUAAAAACUAACUGAGAAGGACGAGGAAUGGGGUCAAAUGCCAAACACUGUACUAAUGUAUACUGAUGAUUGAAUGGGAUUGCUUGGAAUUGCAUUUGGAGCUUAAUGAGAAAUUUAAAUAAGAUUGUGUUCCGGGUUGCGGGUGGAUUUUACCAUGAUAUAUUUUUAACAAGAUCGAAUGUCAGAAGAUUGCUUACCCCGAUUUCUUUUUUCUAUUCAUUCAUGGGUUGUGGGUGUCACUGACUAGGCAAGCAUAUAUUGCCCAGGGGGCAGUUAAGAGUCAGUCACCUUGCUGUGGGUUUGGAGUCACAUGUAGGCAGGACCAGGUAAGGAUGGCAGUUUCCUUCCCUAAAGGACAUUAGUGAAGCACGUGGCUUUUUCUAACAAUCAACAUGGUCAUCAGACUCUUAAUUCCAGAUUUUAACUGAAUCUAAGUGCCAUCAUCUACAAUGGCAGGAGCAUUACUGGGGUCUCUUGUGUUAAUAUUUGAGUGAUAAUGCCACUAGGCCAUUGCCUCCCCUUCCUGAACUCCUUCAUUGGUACCAUGCUGUUCAUUGUUGGCUUGUGAUACUGCCUCUCCAGCUCAAUUCCUUCCUUUAAAACGCUCCAUAAAACCAACCUCUUUGACCACCUUCUUAAUAUCUCCUUUUGUGAUUCAACAUGAGACCCUGAUUCCCAGGAUGGCAGGACUUACAUAUAAAGAAAGGCAGACUCACUUGGGCUUGUAUUUGCUGGAAUUUAGAAGAAUGAUUUAGAUACAGAACUGGCACGAAGGUAGAAGACAGAAGGUGGUGGAGGGGCGUUGUUUUUCAGACUGGAGGCCUGUGACCAGCGGUGUGUCACAGGAUCGGUACUGGGUCCACUGCUUUUCGUCAUUUAUAUAGAUGAUUUGGAUGUGAACAGAAGCGAUAUGGUUAGUAAGUUAACAGAUGACACUAAGGUUGGAGGUGUAGUGGACAGCAAAGAAGGUUACCUCAGAGUACAACGGGAUAUUGAUCAGAUGGGUCAAUGGGCCGAGGAGUGGCAGAUGGAGUUUAAUUUAGAUAAAUAUGGGGUGAUGCAUUUUGGAAAGGCAUAUCAGGGCUGAACUUACCCACUUAAUGGUAAUGUCCUGGGGAGUGUAGCUGAGCAAAGAGGCCUCGGGAGGCAGGUUCAUAGUUCCAUGAAAGUGGGGUCGCAGGUAGAUGGGAUAGUGCAGAAGGCAUUUGGUAUGCUUGCUUCUAUUGGUCAAUGCAUUGAGUCUAGGAGUUGGGAGGUCAUCUUGUGGCUCUACAGCACAUGGUAGGCCACUUUUGGAAUACUGUGUGCAAUUCUGGUCUUGCAGCUAUAGGAAGGAUGACGUGAAACUUGAAAGGGCUUAGAAAAGAUUUACGAGGGUGUUGCCAGGAUUGGAGGGUUUGAGCUUCAGGGAGAGGCUGAAUAGACUGGGGCUAUUUUCCCUGGAGCGUUGGGGGCUGAGGGGUGGCCUUAUAGAGGUUUACAAAAUCAUGAGGUACAUGAAUAGGGUAAAUAGACAAGGUCUUUUCUAUGGGGUGGGGCAGUCCAAAACUAGAGGGCGUAAGUUUAUCGUGAGAGGGGUAAGAUGUAAAUGUGUCCUACGGGGUAACUUUUUCACGCAGAGGGCAGGGCAUCUAUGGAACGAGCUGCCAGCAGAAGUGGUGAGGGCUGGUAUAAUUACAACAUUUAAUAGGUAUCCUGAUAGGUACAUGAAUAGAAACAGUUUAAAUGGAUUUGGGCCAGAUGAUAGCAAAUGAGACUAGAUUAAUUUAGGAUAUCUGGUUGGUACCAGAUGAAUUGGACCAAAGGGUUUGUUUCCACGCUGUACAGCUCUAUCACUCUAUUGGGGCAGAGGGUCAGAAAUCUCAUAGAAACAUAAAAAAAUUUUGAUGGGAUUGGACAGGCUAGAUGCUGUUUCCAGUAUUGAGGAAGUCCAGAAGUAGGGGCCAUAGUCUAAGAAUAAGGGGUAAGCCAUACAGGAGGGAGGUGAGGAAGAAUUUCUUCACUCAGACAGCUGUGAACCUAUGGAAUUCUCUCCCACAGAAAGCUGCUGAGGACAGUUUGUUAGGUAUAUUCAAGAGGGAGCUGGACGUGGCCCUUCCAACUAAAGGGAUCAAAUGAUGUGGAGAGAAGACAAGGAGAGGGAUCGUGAAAUUGCAUGAUCAUAUUGAAUGGUGGUACAGGCUCAAAGAUCUGAAUGGCCUACUCCUGCACCUAUUUCCAAUGUUUCUCUGACAUUAGUAUAUGUCUGACAGCACUCCUUGCAAAAAACUUACAAUAUUUUACAGUGCUAAAAUGCUACCCAAACAGAAGUUGUUGUUGGGAUAUGCUUGGAGUCUGAUGUAUCAAACAGUUUAUGGAUUCCUGCAGAUUCUCAUUCCUGUGAUUGGUAAAGGGCUUUGAGUUAUUCAGUCUGUUUAUAUACUGGGGGGCCGGUUAUCAAAGGGUUAUACCGGGUCAGAAUUUCUUAAUAAGGCAAUUCCGGCAGAGUUAUGGACAAAGAAAGGCUUCACAUUUCCCCAGAAAUGUGUAUUAGUUUGUUCAAGCUGGAGCUGACCUGGGGAGACUUUACAACUUGCUCACUGACUUGCUUCACCUCAAAAUGCAAAGGGGUCAGGACAGCAAGAGUUGCUAAGCUCUACACCUUCCCCCAACACUUUCACAGUUCAUCUCUCCUGUGCCCUCUGCUCUUAGAGAUCCGUCUUAUAGAUUAAGUUAUAUGACAGAAUGGGUUCAAGGUGUGAAACACCAACAUGUUUCCAUGUUUAUAUGACACCUGCCUCUUGAACAUCUUAGAUCAUUGCUCCAAUAAUGUGGCAAGGUGUAGAUAACAGCCAGGGCCAAAGCCAGAGAGAAAGGGGUAUCCUAAUUUUGGAUUAGUGAAUCAACCUGACAUGAAUAAACCUCAAUGAGAUAAACAUUUACUGUGAUUGAUUCUGACACAUCUGCUUAUUUCCACUUGUGGCAUUGGGAUCUGUUCAGACAGUAAUUUGACUUCAUAACUUGGAAUUGCAAAGAGCGUGAAAGUGCUCUAUGAUAGAAGUUUUGAGUUAAUACUCAGCCCCUUCCAAUGUACUUGUUUGUGGAUACUCUUUAAAUUAAAAAUUGCU